AUCACUUCAGUCUGCACAGAUGUCCUCUCCAUGACCUUUCAGAGUAAAUCUCUAAAAACCACUGAGGAAUUGACUCUCCAGAUGUUCCUGCUUUUCCAGGUUGGGAUUGGGACUCUGGCCAACAUUUUUCUAUUUGUUCAGAAUUUCUCUCCCAUCUUUACUGGCUCUCAACUGAGGCCCACACAGGUCAUUAUUAUGAACUUGGCUUUGGCCAAUGUGUUCAUUCUCCUUGUCAUGGCAUUUCCAAGCAACAUGAUGGUUUUUGUUCCAAGGAAACCUCAAACUCAACUGCAAUGCAAAAUUGAGUUCUUCAUUCACCUGGUGGCUCGAAGCACAAACAUGUGCUCCACCUGUGCCCUGAGCAUCCAUCAGUUUGUCACUCUUGUUCCUGGUCACUGGAGUAGGCUGAUGCUCCGUGGAAGAACCCCUAAUGUCCUGAGUUAUUCUUGUUACAGUUGUUGGUUUUUCGGUGUCUUAAAUAAUGUCUAUAUUCCAAUGAAAGUCAGUGGUCCACAGAGCACAGUCAAUGACACUAACAAUAACAGCAAGUGGGUCUGCUCAACAUCUGGAUUCUCUGUAGGCAUAGUCUUCUUGUGUUUUGCCCAUGAUGCCACAUUCAUCAGCAUCAUGAUCUGGUCCAGUGUCUCCAUGGUGCUUUUCCUCCAUAGACAUCACCAGCGAACACAGCACAUCCUCUCUUCCAAUCAGAACCACAGAUGCCGUGCUGAGACCAGAGCAGCCCAAAUGAUACUGAUGCUGGUGGUCACCUUUGUAAGCUUUUAUGUUCUAGGCUGUAUUUGCAGUUUGAUUUGGGUUUCUUUUGUGGACUCUCGUAUCUGGUGGAGGCAUGUAGGUGAAGCUUUGGCUACAAGCUUCCCCACAAUUUCCCCCUUCCUGUUGAUCUUUAGGGAUCCUAAGGAUUCCUGUUCUACGUUCUUCAUCUGCUGA